UUUAAGAUGGAAAAUUAAACGUUCUUUUUUUGCUGCGGUACAGAGUUUCGAUAUAUGUAAACUUCCGGUUUUAAAAGUGGGCAGUGUCUCGUGAUAAUAUUUUUUAACAAAAUCAUGUAUUUUGUUGUAAAUAAUGAUCAGAGUUGAGUGACAUUCCGAUAAAAAAACCAAAACUUUAACGAGUGUCCAGAUUAAAUUUCAGUUUUCUCUCAUAUAAAGACCCGCAUUGUGUUGUUUGAUUUCCACUCAACAUUGUCAAUGAAAACAACUUGUUAUUGUUUGUAAAUUGCAGGCCAUUAUAUACCUGCCAGGCUACUAUUGCAAAGAGAGUAAAUCCAGUACUUCACUAUGUCAAUCAUUCAAGUGAAAGGUUCUGGUAAAAGUGUGGCACCAGAUCGAACUCCUUUCUUUGGUGUGAGAGUUCCAAAAGAAAUCAAAUCUAUGAUCAAACCAAUCAGUAAAAUAGAACAAGAUUUAUUCAGAAAACUUUUAAAAUUAUUGGUAGCAGCUUUAGAAGGAAAUGAAAUAGAAUAUGAUGAUAUUAAGAGAUUAGAAAGUGAAAGUUUAUCUGAAGAAACAAUAGUUAUAAUUUAUGCAGGUUUUAUGACCUUAUUAAAAUCGGCUUUAAAACAUACUUCACUCAAACAAGAGAUGUUUGUUGAAGAUUUGCAUGAACUGCAAAUACCAGAGAUAUUUCACAAUGAUUUAUCUAGUGUAGUUUAUGGCUCUAGGAGACCAAAAAUAGAUAACUUUUCCAAUGAACAGCGCCCAAGAAUGACUAGAUUAGACAAUUUAAAAUGGAGAGUAGAUGUUGCAAUAUCAACUAGUGUAUUAAAUAGAGUUUUAGAACCAUCAAUUCAGAUGGAAAUGACACUCAGUGAUGGAACAAUACAAUCAUUUGAGGUACCUAUAUCACAAUUUCACAAACUACGAUAUAAUAUAGCCUUUAUCUUAAAAGAAAUGGAAGAUUUAGAGAAACGAAGUAUUUUGAAAAUCAAAGAUUAAUUUAUAUAUUAUUGUUAUUUUUUUUAUUAAUUAUGUAAUAUAAUUUAAUUUACCAUAAUGUAAAAAGUAUCAAGUUUAUAUCAAAAUUGUUUUGUUGUCCAUAUAAUCUAAUUUGACUUCAAAACUUUAAACGCAAUGAAGGAUGGCUCAGGACGAUGGUGUUAUAGCAGCAGAAAAAUUUGAUUUGUAUAUGAAAAACUGAUAAAUUGUUAGUUAUAUUCAAAUUUAAAGGAAAUGUAAAGCGGUU